CAUGUGACUUAUCAUGUGACUGGGAAGGGCUGUAACCUUUUCAUCAGUCUGUUGGGGCUGUGACUGCAUUGUUGAAGAUAUUCAGCUGAUAUUCAGCUAUCUUCUCUAGAAAGAAUUGUUAAUCUUUGUAUUGUAAUCUGGUUGGGGAGCAGUGGCCUGGAGCAUGUGAGAGGUGUGCGCUGCUCCCAGAUGGACGCAGCAUGAGAGAUUGCUGUGGCCCGGCUGUUUGCCAUCGGGACCUGUGCUUACUCCUCCAUUUGGAGCCGACAGCGCCCCCUGCAUGGCGUCGGGAUAUGCAGCUUCCUUCGAGGGCCAGGGGGAGGUGAAGGAGGGCUUCUUGUGCCCCUUGUGUCUGAAGGACCUGCAGUCCUUCUACCAGCUGCAGGAUCAUUACGAGGGGGAGCAUUCUGGCGAGGACCGUGACGUCAAGGGCCAGCUGAAGAGCUUGGUGCAGAAGGCAAAAAAAGCCACAGACAAGCUGCUGAGGCGGGAUGGGGAGGAGCGGGCUGAUGCUGGGGGCUGUGAGUCCUACUGUGGGGGAGUGGACCCCUUGAUGUGGGAGCCUCAGGAGCUGGGAGCAACAAGGAGCCAUCUUGACACCUUCAAGAAGUACAGGGCGGCGAGGAUAGACCACUAUGUCAUUGAGGUCAACAAGCUAGUCAUCAGAUUAGAAAAACUGACAUCAUUUGACCGAACCAGUGCAGACGCUGCCAAAAUUAGAGCUAUCGAGAAGUCAGUGGUUUCCUGGGUGAACGACUCCGAUGUGCCACUUUGCCCAGACUGCGGGAACAGGUUCAACAUGCGCAACCGACGGCACCACUGCCGCCUGUGCGGCUCUAUCAUGUGCAAGAAAUGCAUGGAGUUCGUGCCCCUCCCCCUGGCAUACAAGCUGACGAGUGGCACCCGGGAGGCAUUGUGCGCCUCGGGCAGCCCGGGCAAGUCCCAGUCCCCUCCAGCAGGUGGCAGCGCGCAGGGCUCACGGCGCGGCAGCAUCAGCAGCCUGAGCAGCGUGAGCUCUGUGCUAGAGGAGAAGGAUGAGGAACGCAUCCGCUGCUGCGGGCACUGCGUGGAGGCCCUGCUCAAGAGGCAGGAGAGGCUGGAGGAGAAGGAGCACGUGCCCAGCAUCGUCCAGCUCUACGAGAAGCUGAGGCUUUGCAUAGAUAAGGUGGAGCAGAAGGCCCCGGAGUACAUACAAAUGGCAGAGUCCCUCAAUUCUGGGGAGACGACAUUCAACCUAGAACACGCUAAUGGCCUGCGAGUGGAAGUUCAGAAGUACUACGAACUGAUCGAUGCUCUAAGCAAAAAGAUACUCAUCCUUGGAGUGAACGAUGAACCCCCACCCCCCCCUAAGAGCCAGCAGCUGCAGAGGAUGGUCCGCUACUCAGCUACACUCUUCAUACAGGAGAAACUGCUAGGAUUGAUGUCUCUCCCAACAAAAGAGAAAUAUGAAGAGCUGAAGGCGAAAAGGAAACAAGAACUUGAGAAGAAACUGCAGCAGGAGAAACAGGCUGCACUUGAGGCACAAAAACGGAGGUCAGAGUUGGAAAAGACAAGGCCAGGGCCCAGUACCAAUGGAGAGACUCCCCAGCCGGUCAAGCCCAUCAUGACCAAGGCUGGGGGCUGGUUGCCGUCCUCCAGCACGCUGCACACGAAGAACAUCCAGGACCCUCUGCUGCAGCAGAUUGACAACAUACAGUCCUUUAUCAAGCAGGCUCGGGCCGCCCAGCGAGUGGACGAGGUGGCCACGCUGGAGGAGAACCUGCGGCAGCUGCAGGACGAGUACGACCAGCAGCAGACCAACCUGGCCAUCGAGCUGUCCAAGAGCCUGGCCGAGCAGGAGAGCCUGGAGGAGGCACGACCUGCACGGGGCUGGGAGGAGGAAGGGGAGGAGGACACCGAUAUGUACAUGGAAACCAGCAAGACCAAGAUCAGCCCUCUCUCCAAAACCCAGUCCAUGAAGGGCUCCCAUGAGCUCCCCUGUCAGGAGCAGGCACCUCCCCAGUCGUCACACUGGGAGAAGCCACCGGCCCAAACUGUAAAACCGAGUAGCAUGUCUGUUGCCUCCCUCAAUCCCUUCGAGGACGACGACUCCAGCCCCCUAGCAGAGGACCAAUCCAAUCCAUUUGCCGUGGAAAUCCUGAAAGAAAAGGCUCAGAUGGACAUGCCCAAUGGCAAGAAAGAGUACAAUCCCUUUGAUGAAGAUGAAGAAGAGGAACAGCCACCAGACCCAGGUGACCUAGGAGGGGGACUAAACCCCUUUGAUGAUGAGGUUGAUGAAGGUAGUGAGACCAAGGACAGACCUCCAGCUGUCCAUGCAGGGGCCUCCACAAACCCCUUUGACAUGCCAGACGAGGACGUCAUCGAAGAGGAGCUUCUACUCCAGCAGAUCGACAACAUCCGCGCGUAUAUUUUCGACGCCAAGCUGAGCGGCCGUGUGGACGAGGUGGAGCUACUCUCAGAAAACCUGCGAGACCUGCAGCACACUUUGAAGGAGCAGAGGAGGAAGACACAUUGAAUGAAGUCCCUCAUGUAGGCAUCCGUACGUCUUAUUACCUGUGGUGGAGCAUCAUGAACAGCAUGCCACAGUUGUCAUGAAGGACUACUGUAUCAAGAUUUGAAUGUGGAGAAGCAAAUUGCGGGUUGAGUUACGUAAUGUUUGUCUUGACCACCAGCCAGAAGACAGGGUAAUACAGCAAAUGUUUCUCCUGUUGUUUGUGUUCAAAUGCCACUGAAUGCCCAAAUUCCACAAAUAUUCAUUUGACCUAAAAUCUCGAUUUUCAUUUGAUUAUGUCAGCAAAAUUGAUCUGUUUUAAGACCCAGUCAAAACUUUAGAUCAUCUCUCAGUUUGUAAAUGAUGUGACGUGUACAGUUUGAGUGACAGUAUUGGACUCUGCACUUUUUUCAGGUUUAUUCAUCAGCAUUUAACACUAAUUUGAUACAGAGUAGCAGUAUUAUACCGUUUGCAAUCCCCGGUGUUUUUUCUGACCUUGUUAAAAAUCCUACUAAACUAUAUGAUGACUACCCACAAUGCACCACUAAAACACACUAAUGCAUUUUGAAUGAACCAAGAACCAUACGUUUCUUAUGUAUAUCUGUUGAUUGUACAUGGAUAAAACAAGUAACUUUCUUGACUGUGACCUGUGUUACUUUUUGCAUUUAUCAGAAGUUGCAUCCUGCAGUAAUAAAACUCACCCAAGAACAAA